GGCCGUUAGUAAUACUUCCCGCCAUAUUAACUUUCGUUAAGUUACCCCUCCAAACAGUUUUACUGCUUGGAGGUUGAACUUAAUUUCGUAAAAAGGAGAUCGGUCACUUCUUUUCUGGAGAUCAACAGAGGACGACUAUCAGCCAUCACCCGACGUCAUAAGCGAUUGAGGUAAAGUUAAUUUCCUAAUCCAAUUUUUGUGUACAUAGCAAAAUAUAUAUAUACAUACUUUGUAAUAAACGAAUUACAUUUUAUACGGAAGACUAAUUCCCGUCUUUAUUUAUUUUCACCAUAUUUCUAACACGACAUCGGUGCAACAAACUGCGAACCAUUGAGCUAUCAAAUACGCAGUCGUUGCAGCGUUGCACAUGGUCCAUCUCCGCCGGGAGCAAAAUAAUCAGACAAACUAUUUGAAUACAGUCCACUACAGCUCUAUCAAUUAGAAAGCACCUGUCCAACCGGAACACUUGCCCACAACCGACGCACUUGUCCGCAACCGGAGCACUUGCCCACAACCGACGCACUUGUCCGCAACCGGAGCACUUGAACACAGCCGACGCACUUGCCCACAACGUAAGCACUUGGCCAUAGUCGGAGCACAAAAGCACAUUUGCCGCAAUCAUCCAUUACACAAGAGCGCACCUUAUACAAUUAACCGGUCGCAUAAAUACAAGGAGGUAACAAGACAAUGACUAAAUUCACUUCAAUGAGGAAAAGGGCGGAGCAGCAAUCACAGUGUUAUCCACUCGCAUGCCGUCUAUGUGAUGGAAAUCACCCGAUCAGGCUCUGUCCAAUAUACAGAGUAAAAUCUCCCGAAGAAAGAUUGCGGGAGGCAUUGUUGGGACGUUUUUGCGGCAACUGCUUGUCUAUGACACACCGCGUCGAUACGUGCACGAGCGAAGAGAGAUGCCGUCGGUGCCAUGACAAGCAUCAUACAACUCUACACCUGGAUGAGGAGCACCAAGCAGUCGACACAAGACCAUGGAGCGUGCAAGUCGCAAGUGAGGAUGAAUCGGAGCACAUUCUAUCGGUCAAUGCUUCAGACUCAGGAACAGAGACCAGGGCUCUCCCACCGGACGCCGAGGAAGGCGAAGUCAUUGAAACUGCAGUAGCAACCCGCACUCUUCGCUCGACUUCACGAAGGGGAUCGGAAACUAGGCCCUCCCGACCGCUCUUAGCACAUGAACGGCGCCGUGGAUCGGAAACUCGGCCUUUCCGACCACGCCAGCCUUCACGCCGUCGCCGUGGAGCGGAAACUAGGCCUUUCCGCCCGCGGGCCAGACAAUUGGAUUCGGCAAAUCGACGCCGCCAUCAAGGUAGACUGGAGACGAGGCCUCGCCAGCUGCCUGUUGCAUUCAGAGCGGGUCGGGUCCAGCCUUCAACUCACGUAUUAAGGCCCGUUACAUCAAUAUGCCCUACUGCCGUGGUCAAGGUCGAAUCGCAAGGACGGCUCCAUUUGAUACGCGCCUUGAUUGAUGCGUGCUCACCGACCUCGAUAAUCUCAGCCGAUUUAGUACGCGAACUGCGCCUUGAUUUUGGUCCGCAACAGGGUUGCCUACUGCGUUUGCGCGGCAAACAUGGCCAAAAUAAAAGGGUAGCAGUCCAUGCAAGAGUGGUGCGAAAUUAUAUUCGGAUCAGCCCCACCAGUAGCGUCGAUCCCUCGAUAGCGGCACCGUACACGCACAUUCGACUAGCGGACCCGAACUUCCACACCUCAACGCCGAUUCGCUUGGUCUUGGGAGCCGAUGUGUAUCCCGAGAUUAUCCUGCCAGGGAUACUCCCAAGCGCUUUUGGGCCAUUCCUGGCCCAAAGCAGCAUAUUUGGGUGGAUCCUAUCGGGAUCGUGUCGAUCCUAAAUAACGGAUAAAUCUUUUUUUUCGUUUUUGAUUUUUUAUUUAGAUAAAUAUAUAUACACUUUCUUGAAAUGAAUAUGAAUUGUUUAAUAAAUGAAGUGCAAUGAAAUGUCAAACCAUGCCUUGUUCUCUUAACCUUAUUUUUCGUAUCAUUUCUACAGCUGUAGGAGGCGAAGAUGGAAGCACGGGUGACAACGAGGAAGUCCGACUGAUCGGAUGACAACCAGCUGACAUUUUUACUACUUACCUUCGAAUUUGUAAUUAGCUACUCAACGCGGUGUGAUGGCUGAGUCGUAAUAGAUGUUGCUUAUAGCAAGGGGGCCGGUAUGUUUAGGCCUCCACCCUAAACUCAAAGUAAUGCAAUGGGUGUGUACCACCCUAAUGUUCAUUUAUGCACAUGCAUGUAUACAUUUGCAGUAUUAAUAACCAACAAUGUUGGCCGUUAGCAUCAUUUAUACACACAUGCAAGUAUACAUUUUCAUGUAUUAAUAAUGUGGCCGUUAGUAAUACUUCCCGCCAUAUUAACUUUCGUUAAGUUACCCCUCCAAACAGUUUUACUGCUUGGAGGUUGAACUUAAUUUCGUAAAAAGGAGAUCGGUCACUUCUUUUCUGGAGAU